AUGGAGCCGAUCCGAGAGCAACAUGAAGACAGGGAAGUAUUGCUUCCCAAGGAUCCCAAUGAUGAUGCGUUCCUGGAGAAAUAUUCACGAGAAGUGCCGUCAGUUUGGAAACGAAAGACCUAUACAUUUACCGGCAAUCCAAGAUACCUACACGACAACAUGUUUUCCAGCAGAAAUGAAACGAUUCGUACACUUCAUAACUGGCUCGAGCUGAGCGCAAGUAAGUAA